AUGCUGUUCGCUUCCGUGGGAUAUCAAGUAACUGUGUUUGAUAUCGUGCCCCAACAAGUGACAGACGCGCUUGAAGACAUCAAGGUGCAACUAAAGACAUUGGAAAAGGACGGUCUUCUGCGUGGAACUCUAAAUUCUGACCAGCAAAUUAAGUGCAUCAAAGGAUCAUCAGACUUAGCUUCCGCUGUUAAAGAUGCUAUUUUCGUCCAGGAAUGUGUACCAGAAAAUUUGGACCUAAAAAGAAAAGUUUUCCAAAAUCUUGACAAUGUCGUGGAUGAUAAGACUAUUCUAUCUAGCUCAACCAGUACCAUUUUGCCGUCAUUACUUUCCGAAGGAAUGAAGCAUAAAGCACAGGUCAUCGUCGCCCACCCCGUGAACCCACCUUAUUAUGUGCCAUUAAUUGAAAUCGUACCUGCGCCAUGGACGAAACCUGAAAUAGCGAAGAAAACUCGAGAAAUUAUGUUGGAGAUUGGUAAAGAACCCGUGUCACUAUCGAGAGAAAUUGAUGGUUUUGUCCUAAACCGAAUUCAAUGCGCCAUCUUUAAUGAAGUUUGGCGUUUAGUCGAGGCAGGAGUUGUAGACGUUCAGGAUGUGGACAAAGUUAUCUCCGAGGGCCUUGGCAUGCGGUACGCGUUCCUUGGCCCCCUUGAGACUGCUCAUUUAAACGCCGAUGGAAUGAAAAGCUGCAUUGAAAGGUACGGUGAAACCAUAUACCAUUUGAGUCAAACAAUGGGUGAAACACCGAGGAUGACUCAGAGCAAGAGUGCCACUACGAUAUGCGAGCAAUUGAAUGCCAUGGUGCCUUUGGAUCGCCUACCG